GCCACAACGGCUAGCUUCAUAUAAUUCGUUUAUAAUAAGUCCAAAGCGCAACCGACCACAACCAACUUUUUCCAGCUUGGCUCUGAGGCUCUCCACCACCACUUAGAUCCUUUGCUUCCUCAACUUUCUUCAAACCCUUUUUCUCCCCCUUAAAAGCUCUUCUUCAUCCCAUUAUGUCUUCACCAAAAUUCUUCCCCAAGUAUUCGACAAAAUGCCGAAGAAAAGAUUGCCCAUCUUUCGGAUCAAGUUCGCUAAGAUCCUCAAAGUUUCCAUUUUUGUUGCCAAGAUGAGAAAGCCAGUUAUUCCUAGACUUGUUCUGUUUAGGAAAUCUCAAAGGCUAAGAAAGUUCGAGCUUCUUCGCAACAAGCAUUACAACUAUGGAUUCAUCUCGGAAUACGAAUUCUCGCCUUCGAAGGAGUUGAGGUUGAAUAAUUACCAUGGAAGGCUUCAAAGAGUGUGUUAUUCGAUACAAUUUCUCUGCAGAUGUUUGCGAGGUGAAGGAGGAGAUUUUGGAGAUUUACCUCUGCAGCUUGAAGCUCUACCUGCAGCCGUUGAUCAUGAUCAAGAUCGUGUUAUAGCUGGGGCUUUGUUUAAGCCAUUGGAUUGGGGUGAUGGUGAUGGUGAUGCUGGUGCUGAUGAAGGAGAAGAUUCUAUCGAUUUGCGUGCUGAGAGGUUCAUCGAGAGGUUCUAUGAAGAGAUGAGAAUGCAGAGACAAGCGUCACUGUGAAGAUGGAAUCGAUUUGUUGAUUGUUUGAUUGGUUCAUUGUUUUUUCUUUUUCAGUGUUGUUUUGCUGGUUUAAUUGUUCUGUAAUUCUGUUCUCCACGAGAUUUUUGUGAUUGUGGAGAUUUUUUUUUUGGCAGUUUUUUUAUUUAUUUAUAAAUAUUGUG